UGAGACCAGAAUCGCGCCGACGCGGCGAAAAAAAACACUCCGAAUUCUCUUAGAUUUCACGGUGAAAUUUCGCUUAAUUCCGCGGCGAUUUUUCUCUAAGAUUCGCCGUGUUUCUCUAGGAAUUCGCCGUGUUUCUCUAGGAAUUCACCGUGUUUCUCUAGGAAUUCACCGUGUUUUCUCUAGGAAUUCACCGUGUUUCUCUAGGAAUUCACCGUGUUUCGGUAAAAGUACAUCGUGCUUUGCCGUGCUUCCCGCAAGGAAUUUGCGAGCCUACCUUAAGCUAGGGUCGAACUAAUAUUGUCUAUAAUACAUUUGUAAAUUGAAGGGGUUGUAAUAUAGUAAUGCUCCCGGGAAUAUGUUUAAAGUACAGGCCGAUUUGAAUAACAAAUGAGUUAGGUAAUCUCGGGGAGACAUUUACCGGCAUUCUGUAUAGGUUAGGAUUUUUUUCCCCAACGCACUGUAUACAUGUACAUACAUAACGCCGGCGAAAAUGUAUGCCAAAAUAAACAACUUACAAUUUUUUAAACGUAUCAUUACAUCUUCGUCUAUAACUUAGAUGUAACCCACCAAUUAUUGGCUGCUAUCAAAUCCAAACUUUAAAUUAUAUAUUUGUACGAUGAGAUUUUACACACUACUUCAUAACCCGCAGCUUCAGUUAAACUAAAUCAACGCCCCAUAAAGCACAGCGCCAUAAAUCACUUCCGCAAUGCGUUAGUCACGUGGUCAGAAACGCGCGAAAACCUGAGCUGUUGGGUUCGACACGGGGACUAUAUUCUUAGCAAAUCUUGACUGUCACCGGUAUAUGAUAACAAUGUAUUAUGACGUAUUAAAACAAUUCACCAUGAAGCACAUCAAAGACAAUCAGUUAAAACAACGAUAACUGAGUAGUGAUUAAUUCGUAUUAUCUGUACUCAUCCGUGUUAAUAGCUGCAAUAAUUCUUAAUCACGGCUACAAUUGAUACUCUAUUCGGGGCUUUGAGCAAGUAAAAUUAGGUUUAAUUACAAAAUGAUGACAGUUUGCGUGGAAAUAAGUAAUUAUGUUACAGUUAUUCUGUAUUUUCUAGCAAAACGGAAGACAUCAGUAGUGGACUACUCGAACCAAUAAUAAAGAGUUGUUUUAAUAAAUUGAUAAUUGUGUUUUAAUAUGUAUCUGUUUUCUUUGAAUUAAUAAAGUGUUAUGUAUUACCCGUGGUAUUUUGUCACAAUGAAGCAAAACCAAGAUGUUUUCUUAGGGAGCCAGACUUUGUUUGUAUAUAGAAGAGCUUGAAUCUGAUGAUUACAUUGUAUUAACCACCUGAAUGGGUCAAAUUUAAACAAUGACAUGGCUUCCUGUAGAUUUGUCGAAAGCCUUUGUCUCUUAGCUUGGUGGUUGAGAAGUAUUAUCGUUUGUUUUAUAUAAAAUUAAUUGGAGUAAAUAGAAUCAAAGAACUUUUGCCGAUACCUUGUACGUAUAAAUGGCAGGUUAUAGUCGAAUGGUUUAUUUCGAGAUUAUUCAAUACGACAGGUUAUCAUUAAUUCAAUACGGCAUCAUGUGGAGAAAUCAAACCAAGGAGUACUCGCAUUAUCUGGUUAAGUUUGACGACGGUGGCUUACUGAUUGUUCCCAGAAGUAGGAUAUUAGAAGAGGGUAGGAUUGCGGAGAAUGGGAAGUACAAGGUGCAAUAUAACAAACCCGAAGAUGUGUCUGACGCUGUUAUUAUAAAGACUGGAGACUACUUGACAUUGUCAAGGCUAAAGAGGGAGAUGGGACAAAAGAAGAAAGAUGAGCAUCAAAAGAACCCCAGUACAAUCCCGACACCAAAGCGUACCUUAACGACGAGUCGCUUACCCCAACCGAAAAGAAAGAAAAUGGCAUCAGUUAUCCGUCGAACGACGCUAGAAAGUUUCAGUUCCAAUGACCCACGUGAUCUGUCAAUUUCUAAUGUAUCCUCGAGCUCCUAUUCAACUAGCUCAACACCAGAAUCAGUCUUCCAGGCAUCAUCAAGAAUACCAGUGCCCGUACGUGUAACAGUACCCCGAGAUGUCGAAUCGCCCUCUACGUCUGAAGAACAGUCCCUCCUGCAAGCCCUGCCAGAUUUACAAGAUUGUGAAAUUACAUGUAGGCAGCUUUUUAGGACACCUAAUAGGAACAGGCAGAAAACACUCUCAGCAGUAGAAAGGUACAUGAAGACAAUGAAUAAAAAGCAGCAUGAACUACAACUAGAAGUCAAGGGACUGCGACAAGAAUUAAAGGAUAUGAAUAAUCUUGUUUUGUUGAUACUACAGAGACUCCCCCCUCAUGGCGAGGGACAAGAUCAGCAGAUACCACCAGUACCUAGUCCCCAGCCCGCCACACAGACGCUGCCAACGCCUGAAACUGACACAUCAAAAUUUGGUGAUAUCCCACCGGAAUUUCGUAUUUCUGCUGAAGAUCUGAACGCCAUGCACCUCCAUGCUUUUAAUGCCGGCCAUUUCGCAACUAAAAUAGUACAAAGACUUUUUCCGGAACUGACCGGACCCGACAACUUACGGCAGAAAUAUUCGUAUUUCGGUGGGGGUAGAUGCAAUAAGCUAGAACUCGAUACACGACGGAAAUCAUUCGUCGUAAGAUAUGUUUUACAUCAUUAUCCUCAAGUGCAAGAAAAACAUGCCUGGCAAGAGCGCGUGGUCGUAAAGAUUAACGAAUUUCUAAGACGAAAAUGAAUUUUAUGUGUGUAUAGACAAAAAAAUUUUUAAAUAGAAAAAAACAAACAUUUUAUGUGUGUGUGUAGACAAAAUAUUUUUUAAAAAGAAGAAAAAAAAGGUGUUUGCGAUGGAUUUGAAUACAUUGUUUACCAAGUGUCAAGACUUUAUGUGAGUAAAUACAUGUACUAACUGCAAUAAAAAAUGAAUUCACUUUUAGUGCAUGUAUGAUUAUUAAAUUUUGACUGUAAAAUAUUAUGAUUUGUAU